AUGGCCUCGGUUAAUAAUGAUCGCCCGAAUAUCUUGAUUCGUAAUAUUCCAUGUAUUAUGACGAUGGAUCCUCUUUUGGGAAAUAUUUCUGGUGGAGAUAUUUAUAUUGAAAAUGGUCAAAUUAAGUCUGUGGGCAAAACCUCAAACACCCAGAAUUAUCCUACAUCGGCAACAAUUAUCGAUGGUAGUAAAAUGAUUGUAUUACCAGGUCUAGUCGAUACCCAUUGGCAUAUGUGGACAGCCCUGUUACGUAGUUUAGCAAGUAGACAUGGUAUAGGGUAUUUUAAAGUGAAAGCGUUGUAUGGGACAUAUUUCACAGCAGAAGAUAUGUAUCACGGUACAAUGUUAGCUUGUACAGAAGCCAUAUCAUCAGGGAUAACAACUGUACAUAACUGGUGCCAUAAUAUACAAAAUGUCGAAUAUGCACUAUCGAGUAUAAAAGCAUUAAAAGAACUAAAUGUUAGAGGACGAUUUUCUUAUGGUGUUUCUGCUCCAAACCCCCAGCAACCGCUUGAUUUAAAAGCAAUAACCAAAUUGCACACAAAUUGGAGCCGUGAUUACUCAAAUGAUGGGUUGUUAGCAUUAGGUAUCGCUUGGCGAGGAUUACAUCCAGACUUCGAUCUUGGCAAAAAAGAACUUGAAUUUGGCAGAAAACUUGGUAUUCCAAUAUCAUAUCAUGCAAAUGAUCCAGGAGAUAUUACUCAAUUAGCUUCGGAAAAUAUGCUUGGCGUAGAUUUACAAAUAAUUCAUGCUGUUCCAGCCACAGAUGCUGAGGUAAAACAGUUGGGAAAGUCCAAUUCACCUGUUUGUAUAGCGCCGUUCACUGAACUUCGACUUGGAUAUGGCAUAGCACCGAUUCCUCAAAUGUUGGAUGCUAAAUUGACAAUGGGUUUAUCGAUCGAUUCAACAGCCUUAACUGGAAAUACUGAUAUGUUUGCUGUUAUGAAGGUAUUCUAUAAUUUGACCAAUGCUUUAAACAAAAAGGAAUUUAGCAUAACAGCUCAAAGAGUGCUAGAGAUCGCAACGAUUGAAGGUGCUCGAUCAUUAGGCAUGAGUGAUACAAUUGGAUCUUUAACCGUCGGGAAACGUGCUGAUCUAAUUAUGAUAGAUCUAGAUGAUAUAAAUUUGGGUUUUCUUACAGAACCUGCUAACCUAAUAGUAGAAGCUGCUCAACGUGCUAAUGUUGAUACAGUUAUUGUGGAUGGAAGAAUUCUAAAAAGUCAAGGAAAGUUAACAUCAAUAAACAAAGAACAAGUAAUUCAAGGUGCAAGACGUGCAUCUCAAAAUGUAAUUCAACGAGUUCAACAUCACCUUCAACAACAAUAA